AUGGAGGACGACCGAGAGACCGUCCGAUUGUGGCGAGUCAACCGCACAAUCCACGAGCUGGUGCGCGACCGGGGUUACCAAGUCGCUGAUGACGAGAUCAACGUCGACCUGGAAACGUUCAAAGCCGAAUACGCGCCCACGGGUGGCUCGGUGGACCGCACCAAGCUCAACUUUUUCACCGAGCACAGCGAGCACGAGAACCAGCGCCUGUUCGUCUUCUACAGCAUGGAGCGCAAUGUCGGUGUGAAGACCAUGCGCCAAUUCAUCUCGAUCAUGGAGGAACGUGACAUCCAACGUGGCAUCAUCAUCUGGCCUGAAAAGAUGACCAGCGCAGCACGCAAAGUGAUCGAUGCCAUGCGCGGCACGUUCCACCUGGAGGACUUUGAGGAGGCAUUCCUGCUGGUCAACAUUACGCAUCACCACUUGGUGCCCAGGCACGAGCCGCUCUACCCGCACGAGAAGAAGGAGCUGCUGCAGCGGUACAGGCUCAAGGAGACGCAGCUGCCGAGGAUCCAGCAAGCGGAUCCCGUCGCGAGGUACUUUGGGCUGCAGAGAGGGCAGGUGGUCAAGAUCAUCAGGCCGAGUGAGACGAGUGGCAGGUACUGCUCCUAUAGGAUUUGCAUGUGA